AUGACUGCCAACCCCCAAACACAGUCAUCUCAGAAUUCUCAGGCCAUAUUCCCAACAGAGUCGGGAGGGUACUCGUUCGUGGACAAUUCCCGCGCGUCCAACCCCCAGAUCUCGCUUGAGGACUACAAUCGCUCCAUGCUGGAACAUACACAGCGGCAAAUGUCCACUUUCGUUGAUCUGGAUGGCGGGCGCAGCAGCGGUCGAAGCAGCCAAAGUAGCGGCAACAGCGGCUCCAGCGGUUCCAGCGGUUCCAGCGGCUCUUCCGGUACCAGCGGACUUGCUAAUCAGGCCGCCGGCUGUCCUCCCACCUCAGCCGGUGCUGCUGCACGCUAUGGCUCUGAUCAGUCGGAUCACAAGCCUGCUCGCACCCAACCUGGAGCCAAGUACUCUGGCUAUUAG